AUGUGUGACCUCGUGGACAAUGAGCUCCAAAAGGGAAAAGCGUACUUCUUGCGAGAUGCGACCCUGAGUGAAUGGAAAGCAUAUGUGACGACCGAAGACCAGCAGCUCAAGUCCAAACACACGGAAUGGAUGGAUGGGAAGAUUUUCAUCGUGGAACUGUCAUGUGCACCUCGUGAAGGAUAUAUCGCUCUACUGAUUUUUGCUGUUAAUGGUGCUACCAACAAUGGAUUACGCUUUUUGCGCAUUGCUGGAGCCGCAUACCAGACCAACAUCCGCCGCCUUGAGCCAGAUUUGUGUCUUAUGCCUCGUCGAGUCCUUGAGCAACCCCCCUACAACGUUCAGUUACCACCGGGUGUCAUUUGGAAUGAUUUCCACACUGUCAAGUUCGAAGUGGGUUGGUUCCAGUCGUGGGAUCAACUGGAUUGGAAGGCCAACCAGUGGGCGACUGUUGCGAAUGUGGUGUACAUCCUCUGCAUUAAGAUGGACCGUCCGAUGUUGGUUCAUUGCUCCUACAAUGCGCACCACGCCAUGCACCAUGGGGUCGCGUUACCUGCCAUGGUUCCAAUCCCGAUUGCCCCCGACACUGCUGUCGUGCACUUGGAUUCACGCCUUGUUCUGCACCUGCCAGCACCCAGUCCGUUGCCACCGAAUUUCCCAACUCAAUUGGACAUUGACCUGUUGGCCAGUCGAGGACCUGCGUGCUGA